AUGACUUGGCCAGAAACUUUUGGAGCAGCCCUCCGUGACAACAGUGCCUGUCCCAUCAUUCAUUUCUAUGGCAUUGAAAUGAUGCAUCUGAGACUUCUGGUGGAUUUCAUGUAUUUGGGUGAAGUGGAUGUACCCUCUUCUGAUUUGGAGCAGUUCAUCGCUCUUGCGGAUAGCCUUGAAGUGAAAGGCCUUAAAGGAGAGAGAACCAAUCGAUCCGAUUCCACCGGGUCGUUUGGAAGACCCGAUGUGCCUGUCGGACUCGGCAGACCAAGGAUGACUAGUCAGUUUCCAUUUUCCAGUGUCAAACCUUUGGGUGCUCCAGGUCAAGCUAGCACUUCCACCUACCUCGCUCCAGUCAAACGUAAGCUCCCAGUUGGAAUGCGGCCAGACGGUAGCUCAGGAACCCAUGAAAAACUCAUGGAACCUGUUUCUGCAGUCUCACCAGUACCAGAAAAAAUACCAAAGCCAGAAUCCAUCACAUCUGAUCAUAAUAGUCAGGUAUCUGAGACUUCAAGAUCCCAGAUGGAAGCAUUUGUGAAGUCUGAAGAUGAGGAAGUUGAAGAAGUAGUCGAAGAGGGAGAAAAUACCGGUUGGUAUGAGGAAGAAGAUGCAUCAGUUCUUGAAGGUGAUAACAGCAGUAUUUCAUAUGUGGAAGGUGGAGAGUAUGAUCCUGGUGAAGUUCCCACGAACAUUCCUCCAGAAAUUGAUCCACAGAGCUUGAGGAGAUCACAUGAUGGAAUCUGGUCUGGAAGAGACACAAGGCGAGAGAUCAGGGUCCACUUCUGUGCCUACUGCCUUUAUAAGUCUCCAAUCAAGACAAAUGUUGUGGGUCAUCAACGAACUCAUACUGGCGAGAAACCGUUUCAGUGCCAUCUCUGUGGUCAAAAGUUUCGAUGGAAUAGUGUGAGGAAAACGGAGGAGGGGAUCUGGAGCGGCAUCUCCUCCGGGCUCAAGUUCUUCUUCUGCGAGGUCUGCGGCUACACCUCCCGCCGGAGCGACGUGAAGAAGCACUACCGCAAGCACACGGGGGAACGCCCGUUCGUCUGCCCCGUGUGCCGCCGGGCCUUCACGCAGAGCAGCGGGCUCAAGGCGCACGUCUUCGUCGUGCACAAGUCUAAGUGA